UGAGGUGCAAAAGUUCAUCUAAACUUCGUGGUUCACGGCAACCUAGAGAGUGACAACGUACUCAUUACUGAGCGACAUAGCGCUUGUCUUUCUGGUUUCCGCCAGUCAGUGAGGCUUUCCUCAAGGGAUGCCACAUGUCCUCAGUCUCAGAUGCCGCCCAAGCCCGCAAUUCGGUUCGCAGGUCCAGAAUGGUUCGUUCCGAAAGACGAUGCGAUAUUCCAACAUCUUCCCAAGACUCUUUUUAAAAGCGACGUAUACUCCCUCGGCUGUAUCAUGUUUUACGUCUUUACAGUAUGCAUGCCUUGGAAUGAUGCAACAUCCGUGGAAAUCUCUGAUCAGCUUCGGAAGCGCGUGACACCAUCACGACCCAAGGGUUCGAUAGUCGAUGAUGAGCAAUGGGCGCUUAUAGAACCAUGUUUGUCACUUCUUCCAAAAAAGCGACCAUCUGCAUCGGACGUCUUGAAAAAGAUCAAGGAUUACCUCGUAUCCAUCGGCAUUCCUGAUCUUACUGGACAGAUCGAAAAGAGAGAUAAUCAUCCCUUUGCUAGCGGAGGCUAUGGAUCUGUCUACGAAGCCAUCUUGAACAGAAAGACUGGGGGCCGAGUCAAGGUUACUUUUUUGCAUUGGCGUAUGUCACCGGCCUGAUGAAGAAUAGGUUGCCGUUAAGGUUAUGCACAUCGAGGCUUCACAAAUAGAUGAAGUAAAGAAGAAUUUGAGGCGCGAACUUGCAGCUUGGAGAAGGCUAUCUCACAUGAACAUAGUUUCGUUGUUGGGCACUACGACAGGCUUCGGUCGUUUCGAAGGCAUGGUCUCCCUAUGGAUGAAGAAUGGAUCACUGGAUGUGUACUUGCGUACAAGGAUUGACGUACCUUUAUCAAAACGCCUUCUUUGGGUAGGUUCUCCUCUUCUCUUCGAUGAUCCUAACUAUAUUU